UAGACUGGUCGGUGAGCGCGCGACAGCCUUUCACUUGCGCGUGAAGGGACAAACAGAAGCCAAUCUGAUUGAACACACGCACGCUCACAAUCCCCGGACUCUCGCGCACUCUUUCCCAUAGUGCGCCGUUCUGCUGACUCAGUGCUUUUUCAGAGCGAACAGGUUCCUCUCCACCGAGCAGAGCUGAGACGCACGCACCAACCAACGCAACGACUCCAGCCAUGUCCAAAACUGCAAUCGCAUACAAAGAGAAGAUGAAGGAGCUGUCCCUUGUCUCCCUCAUCUGCUCCUGUCUCUACCCAGAGGCACGCAGCAAUCUGAUGGGAGAGUUUAAAGACAUGGAGGUUAAACCCAUUAACAAACGGGCUUCUGGCCAGGCCUUUGAGGUCAUCCUUAAGCCACCCUCGCCCAUGACUGAUGGAGGCUACAGCAUCACUUCUCCUCCCAAGAAGAGGGAUGUGUCCCUGGAGGACAUCCAGAAGAAGCUGAUGGCAGCAGAGGACAGGAGGAGAUCCCAGGAGGCUGAAGUGCUUAGAGCCCUGGCUGAGAAGCGUGAGCAUGAGCGAGAUGUCAUGCUAAAGGCAAUGGAGGAGAACAGCAACUUCAGCAGGAUGGCAGAGGAGAAACUCAACAUGAAGAUGGAACAGAUCAAGGAAAACCGUGAUGCCCUCAUUGCAGCCAUGCUGGAAAGACUGCAUGAGAAAGAGAAGCAUGCUCAGGAGGUGCGCAGAAACAAAGAGCUGAGGGAAGAACUGACAGCAUGAGCACAUCGCUCUACGCCCACCGUCCUAUCACCCCACCCCCUCCUCCUCCCUUACCUGUGACCCUCUGUCCCCCGAGAGACCUCCUCUCAUCCUACCACUGCAGCCCCGUUGAGGAGUCUCUGGUGCCCCACCCCCUGUCCUGCCCACCCUGCCCAGAGAAAGGGAAUCUACCCUGCCCCCCUUACCAUCAGCAUCCUCCCCUGAUAGAGUCCAUAAGAAAAAAGUAACAAAAAAAAUUUUUUUGUUUUUUCUUUUGCUCAGUUUGAAACCGAACAAAUUAAGUGGGUGUUGUGUUUUUUUGUAAAUACUUCCUAUUUGUUUUAUAUGAGAUGAUAAAAAGUAUUGCGGUGUGCCAUUUUAUAAUUUUCUCACUGUAUCUUUCUCUUUUAGUGGAUGUACUCGUUUCUUCUCUCUCUGUUUAUCAAAUCUGCUACAGUUUAUCUUGUGCCAGGCUUGGUGUUUGUUAGUUUGCUGGCUAGCAAUGUCUUCUCUAAACCCAAUGAUCAUGUUAGUGUCUCUUUGUCUAUGUGGAGAGAGUAAAGCCGCAACAGUACACACAAUAUAAACGACUCUAACAGGUAACUAGCAAAGCAUUUACAAGUCAACUCUUACUCCUUCUCUUUCUUCAUACAAUCAUGUAGUAUACUGUAUGUUCACAAAACACAGACACACACACACUUACACACAGUGACGUGCACAGACCUCAGCAGGGACAGGGCUGAAAGGAUAAAAACACUGAUUUUCUUAUUUUAUUUAUUUAUUAAUUUUAUUAUUAUUUUUUAAAGAGUAGCAUUUAUAUAUACUUAUUCCUUGAUUUUUUGAGUAUGUAAACAUUUUUCUUGUAUUAUAAACAUAUAAUACCUUUUUCCUUUUUGACAAAUAAUAGCCUAUUCUGUUAUAUUCCAAACAAAAAGCACCAUAUUUUACACUUUUUUUUUUUUUUCCAGACAUGGUCUGUGAUAAUCCCAUUUUUUUGACAUUUGUCAUAUUAAAACCAUGGUAUUUUUUUUAAGUAUCUUGGAGUACUAUGACAGUAUCAUGAAAUUAUAUUACCCUGGUAAAGGCACAGUGUCUUUUUUUUGUUUUGUUAUAGUGCUCUAUUUUUUUCUUGUCUCAUCACUCUUUUCACUUCACUCAUCUCUGCACUCUCACUUUAUAAUUUUAUCUCUGCUGCUUCCAUUCUGGCCUCAUCAUGGUUUUGAAUGGGUAGCCCACAUGUCCAAAAAUGGUAAUACCAUGGUAUUUUUGUGAAAGUGAUUAGACCACUAGUUUAAACAAAAACCAAACUGGCGUUGCCUGAAUCAGAUAGCUCCUUCAGUUAAUGGUAGUAUUCUAUAAAAGGCAUAUUAUAUUUCUAUCAUUGAAAAGGAUGCGACUGCUCCCAUAAUAAUUAAUAAAGCUGUCUACACUGCAGGUGUGCCAUGUGAUGUCGGAAAUAUGGUAGUAAUCAAGUAUUAAUCUGUUGAUGAACUUAAAACACAAUACAUAGAGUGGACAUUUUAUCUGACUUGUGUUGGUUUGCAUUUAUAGUUCCACAUUGAUGUGUCUGCGUCAUUCUGUGAGUACACAGCCAAAAUGCUAACUUUCAUAAAUAAACAAAAGCAAUGCAAGCAAUGUAAGUUCUGAAUUCAAAAGUAUUUAUUAAAUUAUUGUAGCAUCAAACAUGAGUUCAGAGUAUGUAAAUACAUUUAGUUACAUAUUAUUUAUUAUUCAUGUUGCCUGUAUUGCAGACAGAAAAUAAAUGAGGAAAUUACUGUAUGCUUGCUCUUGAGUCGCUUAAAUAAUAAUACAUAAACAUGUUUUGGAAUACUUUUGACGUUCUGUGCUGAAAAAGAAAUCAUCAAAAUAACAAAUAACUACUCGCCUCAAUAACACAAAACAGAUAUCGCUCUAAGACUUUACAAUGCAUAGAUGCAAUUUAAUCAACUCUUACCAGGAGCUUUUUAAUUUGCUGACAAAUUAGAAGUGCUCCAUUUCCAUAACGUAUGUAGUAUGAUUAUUUACUCUUCACAAACUGUCAAGCAUACAGUCAAAUCACUGUGCCGAUCGCAAAGUUUGCAAGUAGAAAACAACACAUCAUUCCACUCACAUAUUAAAUGAAUAUCAAGUAGGCUAAUGGCCUGGAAUAAAACACAUUUAGAGUAUAUGCUGUAAACAGAUAUCUUUUGUCGCGUUUCGCUUGUAACUUCAUGAAACACAAACAGAAUAGAAAACACAGCUAAUGCUCCAUGACGCCACUCUAAUGCUCUGGGGCAAAUUCAAAACAACAUUUUUGCUCCCUCAAAGGGCACUGCUGCCACUUGAAAGCUUGUUCCAACAAAAUGAGAAAAUGAAUGAGCCCUUCCACAAGAUGAAUGGCACAUUCAUACAGUAAUGCCGCGUUCCCUUCAGAGUACCCACUUCAAGGGCUCUGCACCUCGGAGUGAGUAUGGCAUAGAGAAUCACUUGCGAUUAGAAUCCGCCCCCGAUUUGCUGUAGCGCGCUGUUACAGGCACCUCCGCUUAAUUUUCUUUAAUACCCCCGCAAUCUACAAAGAAAUCUUAUAAUAACACAUUAUUACUGUUAUUGUGAGAUUAUUAUGAGAUUUUAAUUUUGAUUUAACUAUUUUAAUUUAAUUAUUAAAAUGUCUACUUUUUUUCUAGACAACAAGAAGGGCACCUUUAGAUUUGUGAAUGAAAGGGGCAGGGGCUCGCGUCCCUGCUGCCCCCGUUCUGUGUACGUCACAGCUUACACACUUUAAGGAUAUGCUCAGCAUGAUUUAGUAAAAAAAUAAAGACAUGUUUCUCAUGAGGAGCUUACUAAAUCUGUGGUUUGAGCCACACAGAACCCAUGUGAACAUCUCUUGACUCUUGUUUGACCAUUUGAACUCCGUAACCGUCUCAUUGCUUGAGAAAUGUUUGUUUGUGGUUCUCUUAUUCUAAUCAAAGUGUGCCAUGGGGAAACCAAGGUUUAACCUAGACUCUUGGGUUUGAAAGGGAUACAGACGUGGUUAAAAUGGACACGACAGAAUGAUGUGUGUAAGUGUGUGUGUCCAGAGCAAUGUGGGAGGACAGCGUUAGAAUUUGCCAUUUCUCUUGCAUGAGAUGUCAAACACCUGCCAUCCACAUCUUUUUCUUCCAGCUGUGUGCUUUAUUCCCCAAACACAUGUAACUUUGGGAGCAAGCUGUGGUGAAUAAAGGUUUGGGGUUCUUUAAAUGAGAA